GGGUAGGGAAUUACGAGGAACGUUCUUUUAGGCGAGGACGAGCGGCCGUAGUCGUAGCCGAACCACGGGGACGAGUGUGUGCGGUGCGCCGGGUUGUAUACCUGCGAGAGGGACCGAGGAGGAGAGCGUGCGGAUGGAUCUCUCCUCGCUCCUGGGCCGCAGGAAGUGACAGAAACGCGCGUAACGACGCCAGCGCGCACCGGCCAGUGCACACAUCCCGUGCUCUUUCUCUCUCUCUCUCUCUCUCUCUCUCUCUCUCUCUCUCUCUCUCUCUCUCUCUCUCUCUCUCUUUCUCCUCUCGAACGUCGGCGAUUUCCCUUCUCGUCUCUCCGCAGUGUCACGACGUUCUGUCGUCGUGCUCAAGUGUGCCGCACUGUUGGCUGUCUUAAAACCCGGACAGAUUCGUAGGAACGGAGAAAGAAGAAGAAGAAGAGGAGGAAGAGUAAGAAAAAGAAGGAAAAGAAGCAAAGGAGCAGGAAGAAGGAGGCUGUCGCGAUCGUUCGUUCGCUCGUCCGUCGCUCGCUCGCUCACCCGGCCGUUUAUCCGACAGUAGGCAGCUCGGUCGCGCUCCACCGGAUUCACUCGGCAGGCUCCGCCGUGAGCACGUGUGUACAGUGUGCGUCGGCUGUGGCGGCGGCGGCGGCUUGUGUACGAUCGCGCUCGCUCGGAAUCUCAAUGGUGCGCGCAUGAGAGGAAGCGAGGCUCCGAGUGCGGGAUUGUGUCUGCUGUUGUUUACGGCGCGCCGUAGAGUGACGAAUCGGCCGUCGGAGGACGACAACGACGACGACGACGACGACGACGACGACGACGACGGGCACUGGGCGAGGAGGAGGAAGAGGACCGUCGGGCCGCGUGACGUGGGCGUUUCACGCGGGGAGGCACGAGCGAGCGCUGGCCGGUCCCGGAGAGCGGCUCCAGAAGGCUGGGGAUCACCACGUCCGGAAGGAAAGCUCGCAUCGACGAAAUCGCACGCACGCACAUGAAGAUCCCAUGGCUACCGGCUUGGUAAAGUGGUGGCGAGCAAGGUUCCUCGCUGGCUACAGGCCCUUUUCCGUUGUAGGAACCAAUACGGAAGGCAGCGAUUCCGAGGAGCUGCUGACGGGUGUCCCGACUACUUGCAACAUCUCAUCACCGCCGCCGACAGAGUCGCAACCGAUCUUAAUUUCCCCGGAGCCGCCGCCGCAGGUCGCGGUUGAUGGCCCGACCGUACCUGCAGGACCUACCGGUAAUGACGAACAGCCUACUUGCGGUACAACGAAACAGCUUAGUUUCGAGGAAUUCGAGUGCGACGUGUCGGUGGCGGAAGGUGACAGGAGGCGGCAGGAGUUCUCCUUCACCCUGUACGACUUUGACGGCCACGGGAAAAUCACGAAGGACGACAUAGCCGGUCUGGUGACCACCAUUUACGAUACGCUAGGCGCUUCUAUACAAGUGCCGCCGUGCGGCAGCAAGACAAUUAAGGUCAAACUGACGGUGUCGCCGGAUCAGCGAGCCAGCAGCAGCAGCCAGGCCGCGCCGCCUCGCAGCAGCACCUGCCUAAAUGCCACGCAAACGCCGGCCACGAGCACGCUGCCGCCCGGCAAUUCGUCGUCCUGUUGCCAUUUGAAGCACGCCGCCCCGUGCGGCCAUACCGCGACACAUGCCGCUCGCGGCUCGAGCAGAGUUCCUAGAAGGAGAAGAGCCCCGCGGUAUCGUUGUCAGACCGAGCGGAAAGAAGUCGAGACCCACAGUGAGGACGACGAUGAGAACGUCCGAGCGAAUCGAGUGCAGCAGGAGGAGCUGCGUAGACGAGUCGGUCCGGUGCCCCAUUUACCAUCCCCCUAUUCAAAUAGCUCCGAGGGUGAUGUGAGCGACGAUAGUGACACUUCCCCCGCAUUCUCACCGCUGACGCCGCUUCUUACGACGAAUCAGCGGAAGCGCAGCGGCGCGCUACAAAGGCAACAAUUGCUGGAGAUUAUUCAGGCCAACAUGGAAAAGAAUAAUCUCAGUUUUCACACAUCAAGGAAACGGCAUCAAAACGAGCAGUCACGCGUUCCGUCUCACAGCCCCCAGCAAGAAACCACGAACCACAACAACCAGGAUUGUCAGGCGCCUGUGGAGUCUCGUCAGAUGCCCACGAAUUAUCACAAGCCGAUACGGGAAAGCACUCAUCAUUCUGCGUCGUUUCCCAAGACACCGACCAAGCCUCGGAUGAAUCUGAGAAAGGCGCGGCACAACACGUCGCGGAACAACGCGACGCACGCUUCCCAGGCCUACGCAUACUCGCAGGUGCUGAAUCGCAACGUCGUCGUGCCGACAACGGUCUACAAUGACAUACCGGCGCAGCACAUCACCAGCAGCAACACCCACCGGAACAUCGUUAAUCUCCUGCCGAAUAACAACCAGCAGACGGCCAACCAGCAGACCAACGUGACCAACAAUCAUAACAACGUGCAGCGCAACAACACGCAGUUCAUUCAGUCGCAGCAGUGCUGCCGUGCCAAGAAGCAUCAAUUGAAGCACGCGACCCGAGAGCAGGAUCAGGCUCGAGCGAUGGCGCAGGUCGUGCGUUGGCUCGAGCGCGAGUUCUCGCAGAACGCGGCGGCAGUUACGUCCGGUCGGAGGCAUGUCCACGAGCAUAUACAUCAUCAUUAUCAUCAUUAUCACGCCGAGGCUUUGGUCUGAACACAUGCCGCAUACUCGGCGUUACCGAGGAAGGUUAAGAGAAAUCGUUAAGGUAAUUUAUAUAACGUCUAUAUAAUGUCGAUUCGCGACCGAUUUUCCGGCGAAAUCCUUCAUCAUAUUUAAAAAAAUCAUCAGGUCGGAGAAGGAGUUAAGUUAAUAUAUUAAUAUAAUAUAAUUGCGCAUGUGUCGCGGGAAGAUUAAACCAGUGAGUUCUAUAAUACACUGAGUAGCUAUUGUGAAAUUGUUCGGGAAAGUUUCCGAGCGGAAUCGUUCAAUUACUUCCUAAAUUUCUAUUAUGUCUUUUUAGGAGGAACUGAGCGAAUUCCAAUCUGAAACUUUUCCGGAUAGUUUCACAAUAUUCUGGAAUCUUUGAGAUAUCAGACCAUGGCAAAAUAUUAGAUCUAAGCAAUUUAUAGCUCCGGUUCUUUCGCGUUUCAUUCUCCUUUUCUCAUUCCGACAUCCGGAUAUAUUUUGAUAUAUUCCUCUAUGUGAGUAGCUUUAUGUUAAUGUCUAGAAAGAAACUUAUACUAGUCUAAUUAAUGUUUAGAGAGGAAUUCAUAUGAUUGAAAAAUACUGAUAACCUUGUUUUGUGAAUAUUAAGGCUAUCAUGUCGUUCUGUGUGCUUCGUUUAAUCGCAAUUUUUACUGUACUUUCCACGAACUCGGUAAACAUUGAGAAAAAGACGUACGGUGUAAACUAAGUCAUUAUAGAACUCACUGAUUUAAACGCGACAUGUUUUAGGUCUGAUCUUCCACGUUGAUCGUCAUAGAGAACUCGGUGCAUUCUCUCCGGACCGAGUUAUCCGUUGAAUCUCCAAUUUGUUUUCGCGCAUAAGGCAAACCAAUUUGUACAUAUUUUGCAACGUUCAAUAUAUCGAUAGGUAACUAGAUAUCUAGCACGAAUAUGAAUAAUGCGUGAUACAUUAUCAUAUAUUCUCUUCUACUCGCGUAAGUGACUGAGUUUCUUUCUUCUUCUUCUUCUUCUUUAUCUCAUAGGACGAUGUCGAGAAAUUUGGCAUCAGAGACCGCAGUGCUCGCUAUAUUGUACAUAAAUUACUUCACGAGCAUCGACUAGCCGAUCACUAACUUCUUCCUCUUCUCGUUAUUUUCCCUUUUACAUUUGAAAAUCCAUAUACGCUGCGUUUAGCUGAAAAUUCUUGCGGAAGAUACCGUAGUGCGUUGGGAUUAACGUAAAUGUACCACAUACUAUUCGCGCGCCAGUUUCUCCAAGGGCAAAAAUAUAGUUACUAUAAAUCUCAGGCUUGCAAUGUGUAUACCAUGCUGCGACAGAGUGACGAGCCGUCGCUCGUCUACAAUAACGAUUUACCCGAUAACAAAAAUGUUGACAUUGUUGCAUCUCCCGCUGCGAGCGGAAUAUCGUACGUAUGGAUGCAACGAUAUAUUCGUUUCGGGAGAGGAAUUGAAAGACGAUCUUCCAUAGACUACAUUGCGCGUUGCUGUAGGACCAAAUUACAUUCCUGAACGGAAAAAGGAAUAUGCAAUCGCUCUCCUUUCUCACACGAGCCGCGGUGAACUACUAAACGGCUUACCUAAUGUACAUACAAAGUAUCCCAAAGAAAAUCUUUUCGUCAUUAUGCAGGAGGCGUUACGAUCGCGCAAGUGAGAACGAGGUAGAUUCGUAGCGAUUAAAUAAAAGUAAAAGUUUCAAGGGCAGAUUAUCUCCUACGAAUGUUCCUGUAAUCAGAGGUUGGUAUGUGUAUGUACAUAUAUACAUGUAUAUUUCUCUCUUUCUUCUUAGCGAGCGUAGUAUUCCUAUAGAGAACCGAGAGCGUAAAUUUAAUGGUGCUCGUACAGCCGUAUAUUGGAGCGAACAUGCGGAAUUGUUUCGGUAAAUGGAAAUGCUUUAAUCUCUUUUCUAUACAGGGCAUCUUUCUCCCACUUUCACCGCGAUAUAUACAAAGUGACCUAUGUAAUGCUUGUAACAACUUGUCGCAGGAGCUACGCGAUCCGUUUUCAUCAUCCUAAACCUGCUCAUCCUCAUUUGUCUAUCUUGAAGGAUAAAACUUAAAAAUUUCAAACGGGCUUUAGACGUUAGACGUGACAUAUCGCUAUUGAUCUAACUUUUUUCAGCUUUUUGGAGCAAAACUAUAUAAGCAUACUCCAUGAUUCGGAAAAUUCGCCUGUGCAGAAGAAAUAUCGUUGUCUGUAGAAUGUCAAGCGAAACUCUCUUAGAAUUUGAUAUUUUAGAAUUUCUCUUACAAUUCUCUAGUCUAGUUGUUAAGGUUUACUUGGGUCAGUCUGUAUAUAUUUUUUAACCCUUUCGCUGCUGCGAGUCACUACGGUGAUUGGCUACCCGCUGAGCGAUUUCCUUGGAACGAAACGCUGCUGCAGCGGCUGUCUCGCUCGACGUCGACGGUUUUCUGAAAUGGUUAAUGAUACUAUAGAUUCUCUUCGGGAGACAUUUCGCUAGGAAAUUCGCCACUGAGAAAGAUAACACUUUCGAGGCGGGACACUCUAUAUAUUCUGCUAGUCCUAUAUAACGACAAAUAAAGCUCUUCCGUUAUCCACAAUAGUACGGUGGAUACAGGAAGAGAGUGACAAUUGAGUUCUUACUAGUGCCUUGUAAUCUGUAACUCAUUUAACACUUGCGAAAAUGGGUCUUCUUUGUAAUCGUUUCUUUAUGCCUCGCGUGAGCGAGAGUCGUCUCGUUUAUCGAA